AUGCAGACCGUUAUCAUUGUGGGCGCAGGCCCGUCUGGCCUACUGCUGGCCUUGUAUCUGUCACGGGCGGGCAUCAAUGUCCGAGUGCUCGAGGCUGCCACCGAACCAGACAAACAGCCACGAGCAACUCACUACGGCCCGGCUGGCGUACAUGAGCUACGCAGGUCUGGUAUUCUAGAUGCAAUGAAAGAGAAGGGCAGCUUCUCCCCGAAGAGCGUAUCAUGGCGUGCAUCUGAUGGAUCAUUGCUUGCUGCACUGCCUAAGCCCCCUCCCCCACCUGCCUCCAAUGGCACCACGGCACCGCCGGACGGAGUUGUGAGCCUUCCACUCAACCUCGUGGUCGAGAUCCUCCUGGAGGCUGUUGGCGCGCAGCCGACCGCUCAGGUGGAAUUUGGCUGUCGAGUUGUCGACGUCGGCCAGGAUCCUGAAGGUAACCUUGCAUGGGUCGAUGUCGCGAGAGACGGCGAAGGAGAAAAGCCAUCUAGUAUUCAGGCAUCCUAUAUUGUUGGAUGUGACGGUGCCAGCAGCUCAGUACGCGGGUCAUUGUUCGGCAGGUCUUUCCCAGGCUACACGUGGGACACUUGGCUCGUCGCCGUGAAUGUCCGCUUUCACGACGUCGAGAAGUAUGAGGCGACUUUCUCUGAUGUUAACUUUCUCAUCCAUCCCACCAACUGGUGUAUGGUAGCCCGUAUUGGUGGGCCUGGGAAUCUGUUUAGAGUCACCUACGGCGAACCAGGAGAUAUGCCGAAAGAAGCCUGCGCCGCCCCAGGGAGGGCUGUCGAACGGCUGCAGGCCAUCCUCCCCGCUCACUUGUCAGACCCGUCCCAGUUUGAGGUCGUGUCGUCAAGCCCCUACCGCGUUCAUCAGCGCUGCGCACCGAGUUUCCGCGUCGGGCGUAUUUUGCUUGCGGCGGACGCCGCUCAUUUGUGCAACCCCAUGGGCGGAAUGGGGCUCACCAACGGGAUGGUAGAUGUCGGUGGCCUGGCAGACUGCUUGAUCGGCAUACACCGUGGAGUUGCGAGUGAGGACAUACUUGACAAGUAUGACUCUGUUCGCAGGGGCAUAUUCCAGGAUGUUGUCGACGGCAUCACUACCGCGAAUCUCAAGCGGAUCAUGCAAGAUUCAAGUCAGGCGCUUGAGACUGACCCAUUCCUCCAAGCCUGUCGUGAAGCGGCACAGAGCCCUGAAAAGGCAGCCACGCUGGCGAACGUUAUGAGGCCCACUCGCGUAUCGCACUGGCGGCUCGUCCGUGAGCCAGCGCUGGUCACUCGCGAGAUGGUCACUCACGACUGGAAGGGUGAAGGGACUGUCGAUGACCCUUACCUUAUAGACUUUAUCCCCAAUGAUCCGAGAAAUCCAGUCAACAUGCCCACGGCCAUGCGCUGGCUCGUCGCGGCCCUAAACGCCUUCGCAACCCUCGCAAUGACCUUCGCCUCCUCCGCCUACACGAGCAGCGUGUCGAACCUCGAGCGCGAGCUCGCCGUCAGCAGCGAGACCGCCUUCCUGGGGACGUCCCUCUUCGUGCUGGGCUUCGCCCUCGGCCCGCUGGUGUGGGCCCCCCUGAGCGAGGCCUUCGGCCGCCGGCCCGUCUUCCUGGCCACGUACGGCGCCUUUGUCGCGUGCAACGUCGUCGCGGCGCUGCCGGACAACAUCCUUGUGAUUGUCGUGUUCCGCGCCCUCGCUGGCGCGCUCGGGUCCUCGGCGCUGGUCAACUCGGGCACUGUCGUGGCGGACAUGUUCUCGCUUGCGGACAGGGGCCGUGUCAGUGCUGUGUUCUCCGGGGCGCCGUUCCUGGGCCCCGUGCUUGGUCCUAUUAUUGGGGGGUUUCUGAGCCAGAGUUCCGGGUGGAAGGGCGUUGGCGUUCUCAUUGCAGGUGCGACGGGUGCUCUGUGGAUGUUGUACUACUUCCUCGUCCCGGAGACAUAUGCCCCUGUUCUCUUGCGGCUGCGGGCUGCCCUCCUCACGAGGACUGACCCGCGGGGAAAGGUCUUCCAGUCGCGCAUGGACAAGGCCAAGGGGGUCAAGUCGACGGGAGAGCUCCUGCGUACUUCUAUGGUCCGUCCCUUCUUGCUGCUUUUCUCGGAAACCAUAGUCGGCAUCCUGUCCCUUUACAUGGCCAUCAUAUUUGGUGCCAUGUACAUGAUGUUCGCAGAGUUCCCAAUCGUCUUCCAGCAGGGCUUCGGUUUAUCACCUGGCUUCAGUGGUCUUGCCUUCCUCGGAAUCGCAAUCGGGAUGGUCUUCGCCCUCAUCUACAUGCUCUUCCAGAACAAGGCAUACAUCAAGGUGGCCAAGGCCUCGCCCGGUGGCAGAGCGCCCCCUGAGACUCGACUUGGACCAGCACGCCUUGGUGCAGUCAUGGCACCCAUUGGGCUGGCCAUCUUCGCAGUGACCAACUCUCCCGAGUUCUCAUUCAUCUUGCCCGUCGCAGGCACCGUCCCCUUCGGCUUCGGCAUGGUCAUCAUAUUCCUCAGCCUCCUCAACUACCUGGUCGACACAUACACCGUCUACGCAGGCUCAGCCAUCGCAGCAGCCACCGCGAUCCGGUCUAUAUUCGGGGCUGUGUUCCCUCUAUUCACGAGGGUCAUGUUCGAAAAGCUCGGCGUCCACGCUGGCGCGGCCGUACCGGCGGCUCUGGCAGCAAUUUGUGUCCCAUUUCCCUUCCUCUUCAUCAGGUACGGAAGGCAGAUACGAGAGAAAGCAAAGUUCGCCACAGAGGCGAGAGCGCUGGCGCUCAAGAUGAUGGGGCAGCCCAAGGCUGAGGAAAAGAAGGCCCGGCCCUUUUCUGACGGCCAUGGUCCUACGGGCAAGGAGGAGUGGCAGUGUUACGGGAGAUAUUGCCUUGGGUGCAGUGUAGACGAUGAGAACUUGUUCACUUGUAGGAACGCAAGCUUGUACGAAGACAAAAAGAGUGGGAGCUUGUACGAUGAGAAGAUUUCAGACAAGUAG